AUGGCUGAAGCAAUUGGGAUCGCUGGUUCUGUUAUCGGAAUUGCUGGGUUCGGCUUUAAACUCGCAACCACUCUUCAGUCAUACGUUGCUUCAUCACGCGAGGCUGCCGACAGACUUGCGGAUGUCAUGUUUGAGAUUGAAUCGACAGCCACGGCACUUGACCAACUCCAUGAUCUAAUCAAGCAAGAUACUGUUGCCAUCAGUCCUCUUUUUAAGGACAAAGGCUUGGAGGAAAUUCAACGGGUAGUCGCCAAGACUGAAAGCAUUUAUUACAAGAUCUGUGGCGUGUUGGGUGAUAAGUUAGGAUUUACUGUUAGUGAGGGAUAUGGAAACGAAACGGAGCCAACCACCCCGAUGCUUGACAAUACACUUCUAGAAACUCCCACACUUGGUUUGCGGCAAAGCUUACGAUGGCCGUGGCUGGAGCCCAGUAUACUGAAGCUGCGCGAAGAACUGAGAACGGUCAAGUUUUCGUUGCUUUUACAAAUCCAGCUUGCUACAGUCGCUCAAUUCCAAAUGGAACAGUCGAAAACAGUUACCCAACCACUUGGUGACGAGGAAAAGAAACUCCUUAUUCAAGCACACGAACUUCUUCAGCAACAAAGGAAGCAUGCGAAUCGGCUGAGACAAUUAGAAAUCGAAAAUCCUGCGGAUCCCGAGAUCGCAAGCCAACGAGGACAGGGCGAUCCCCCGGUGUCUUCAUUUGGAGAGUCCACUCGCUGUGAUACUAGAGCGCUUAAUCCUCCGUCCAUGCCUGGCUCAUCAUCCUGGCUUGUUCAAUCUACAUCUGAACAGAACAACAUUGAUGAGAGAGCUCCAUUCAAUGCAAACAACAAAGGAAAGAUGAAUGAAUCCAACACAACAGACAGUGAAUCUUUAUUCACACAGCUUCACGCAAUUGAAAUUGAAAGCAGUUAUCUCAAAGGUGACAGAGACCAUCCCGUCAGUCGACAUCAGGGUCAAUAUAAACUCUCAACAAAACAAUACGAGAAGCCAGAAUGGUUACGGAGGCUUUUGUUACGUUUCCACAUGGCUCCUAACUCAAAGCAAGAAGAGCUGGCAGCGUUCUUACUGGAGAUACCUGCUAUGAAUGGGGACCAGCCACAAAGCGUUGUGAAAAAGAUACCAAUGGAAGAAAAAGAAGUGAAGGGUGCCCUCGCAAAGCUCAGGAUAAGCCAGUUUCUAAGGUUACUACCGAGUCUUUACCAACAAUAUCUCGAGUUGGACAGUAUGGUCCGGAAGGAGGUAGACCGAGCUGUGGCCAAUGUCAAACAACAGGAUAGUCGACCCAAGACAUUGGUUGCUAUCAGAACUACAGAAAACGAGAACCAGGUGAUUCUCGUAGAGCUGUUCUUUCGAAUUGGCGAAGAGGUUGAGCCGGUUUAUGUGACAACAGUUGAUGGCCUGAAGGUCUUGCCUUUCCAUCGUUGUCUGACCUGGGAGAUGACACACGAGGCUUUAAUCGAGGAUCUGGCCAACUCUCCCAAUCUUGAAGCAGCUUUGCGCAGCAGAGACUACAUCGUCCUCAUGGAGGAUAGAACAAGGGUUCAUUCUAACAAAUGGAGAUCGAUCAUCCGGCCUGGAAUUAAAUUGCAGCUACAUAUGUCUCGUCACGAGAACGCAACUUCAAUCCUACCAAUGCUGCGUAAAUCAUCACGCCACAGUCGUAUCGGCGACCAAUAUGACAGAAUUAAACGUACUCCAUUUGCGAGACGCGUUAAGAAAAUAAGAUCCCCAUUGGAGCAAAAUGCGUCGACCGCCGAAGACGAAAAGAUUCACUCGAAAAUAUCAUCAUUAUCUGCAGUUAACGAGGAAGAUAAAUACGAGUCUUUGAAAGGAACACCUUCAGAUCUGAGCAACUCGACAGAAGACGACAUAGGAAAACUUCUGGAGCUGUGGACCAAUGCACCACGACCGUUCACGGAGAUUGCUUCUGAAUCUUGGUCACUCCCUUCAUCUCCUCGUGGCACAGACAUAGCAGGAGACGAAUUAGUUGUGGACAGCAAGAAUUAA